AUGCAAGACUCAUAUUCAGUUUCAGCAGCAAUGGAAAAACUUGUCCACUUAACAAGCCAGCCGUACCAUCAACUUGAUAUACGAGCAGCUUUGUCAACGGAAAUAAAAAAAGCGCAUCAGGCUUCCGGGAAAUUUUCAAAAAUAUCUACUCAUGUACUUGAUACUAUUGAUGCGAACAUGAGCGAGCAACUAGAGAAUCGGCUGCAGGAGGCGAAAAAUAAUUACACCGGAGAGCGUAUUGUACUUAUUCUUUGUAAUAUGGGUAGUUUUCAUUGGAUUGGCAUUUUGCUGGGGUUCAAUAUUGACGGGUGCAUUUGGCGAGCUCAAUCAUUUGAUCCAGUCACAGGCUCUGACCAUCUUACCGACAAGAUCCAGACAGCUUUUUCCAAGGUUUAUCCAGACAUCAUUCUACGAGUAAACACUCUAUUGAAACACAAAGAUCACACGAAAAGUGCCAUUCUCACCAUUGCGAACUUACUGAUCGCCACCGAUGAUGCACAGUUUUCUCAAAGGGAUAGCUUAAAUGGGCAAAAACUGAAUUCUUCAUACGACGACGGCAGACAAAAUAACAAAAAUAAAAUGGACCAAGUACAAGCGUAUCCAACAUCAAACGAAGGUAACAUUUCUGAGUACGAUGAACUUGAAAAACAAGUAGCCGCGAGAUUAAAAAGUUUCAACAUUACAGAUAUCGAAAUAUUGCCAGAAAAGAUUCGUCGUAGUGAACAACGUGUAAAGGAUUUUCGAGAGGAUGGAAGACACGAUGACGCAGCGAAGGAAGAGAAGCAUAUGAGUGAACUCAAAGAAAUGCAGGCAUUGGCUGAAAACAUAGCCAAGUUAAAAGCAUCGAUAAACUGCGGCGAUGGGAAGUUGCGGGAAUUGGAACAAAGCUUAGCGAGCCGUCAGGCAAAGUUGAAGAUAACAGACUUGAGCGUGUUACCCGAGAAAAUCCGUCGUAGUGAACAACGUGUAAAGGAUUUUCGAGAGGAUGGAAGACACGAUGAAGCAGCGAAGGAAGAGAAGCAUAUAAGUGAACUCAAAGAAAUGUUGACAUUGUCUCAAAAAAUUACGAAACUGAAAGCAUCAAAAGACAGUGGCGAAGGGCAGUUAAUCGCACUAGAAGAGAGCUUAACCAACAGCAAAAUAAAGUUAAAGAUAACCGAUUUGACUGUACUACCUGAGAAAAUCCGUCGUACUGAGGAACGUGUAAAAGAUUUUCGAGACGAUGGAAGAAACGAUGAUGCAGAUAAAGAGACAAAGUAUUUAUGCGAACUGAAGGAGUUGCAAGCAUUGUCUGAGAAAAUUGCCCAACUAAAAAAUACGAUGAACAGUAGCGAAUGGAAACUAUGCCAGUUGGAAAAAAGCCUACUGAGCAAUCAGGAGAAGUUGAACAUAACCGAUUUGACUGUCCUACCGGAGAAAAUCCGUCGUAGUGAACAACGUGCGAAAGAUUUUCGAGACGAUGGAAGAAACGAUGAUGCGGAAAGAGAGACUAGGUUUUUGAGUGACCUGAAAGAAUUGCUGGCAUUGUCUGAAAAUAUCACCAAGCUCAAGAGUUCAGGGAGCAAUUGUGAUUCGCAGUCGGUUACACUAGAAGAACGCUUAGCCAAUAUUAAAGCAAGAUUCAACAUAACCGAUUUGAGUGUACUAUCCGAGAAAAUUCUUCGUAGUGAGCAGCGAAUAAAAGACUUUCGAGAUGAUGGCAGAAACGACGACGCCGAAAAAGAAACGAAGUAUGUCGACGAACUUAAAGAGCUGCAAGAACUCGGAAAAAGAAAAGAUGACUUGAAACUUCCGAACACACAGAGCGAAGUAACAAUUGACUCCUCUGCAAGUAAACAAGCCGAAGAAAAAAUUGAGUCUUCUUCAACCAAAACUGAUAAGCUAGUGCUGACGGAUCUUGACACGCUACAUCAAGAUUUGCUUUUUUUACCUGUUUGCGCCGAAAAGGUAGCAAUGCAACUUUUGGAAUACUUUCAACAAAUUAUGGCAUCACAAAAUAAGUCAGUCACCUUUUCGAACAGUUCAGUAUAUCAACUAUUUCACGAACUAGAAAAUCAGAUGGACCAAGAAGAAAUGCUCUCGGACACUGUGCGUAAAAACUUGCAGGACCUACGGCGAUACGUUGAUAAUCAGGAUGCUUCAUCGGCGAACCGUUGUCUUGCAGAGUUAUUGAAAAAAAUACGACCUCUUCAUGUGCAAGAGAUUCAGCGCCUGAUUGACAAAGCGAAAGCAGCAGCCAAAGUGAUCGAGGAUCAAGAUGUUAUCCUUUUGAUAGGUGAGACAGGAACUGGAAAGUCGACGACCAUUCAGUUUCUUGCCGGUUGCCAGAUGGAAAAGAAAAAGGUCGAAGUUGAAAAUGGUCGAUUUCUUGAGCACGUCGAAGCAGUCGAGCCAAUUAAAAACCCUGAGCUGAGACGCAUCAUCAGUAGUCCGCGAAACAAAUCCGAAACACGCUAUAUCACGCCGGUCACAGUUCCGUUGAGAGACAUUUUUGGGCCGCAUGAGACAGGCGAGUUCAUCAUCUGUGAUGCACCGGGCUUUGGUGACACAGCUGGUCCAGAGGUCGACAUAGCGAAUGGCGUGGGAGUGAUCGAAGCGAUUCGUGGAUGUAAGAGUGUCAAGAUACUUGCUCUCUCAAGUUACAAAAGCUUGGGCGAUAGAGGACAAGGGAUUCAGAAAUUGACGCAUCUUCUGAUCAACAUGAUGCGUGACAUUGAAGAUAGACUCGGCUCGAUUUUCUAUGGGUUCACAAAAUAUCCGUCGAGCAGUGACAUUUCAGCACUGUUAAUCGACGUGAAGAUUUCCAAAGUUGACACGGAUCCUCUGCUGCGAUCUGAUAGUGCUUUUGUAGCCGUGUUAACCGACAUGAUCAAUAAAACGAAGGUUGGUGUUGAAAAGAUCGAUCCGUUGAGUGGAGAUCCAAAAAGAACGAUUGAAAGAUUGAAACAAGUGCGCGGUAUUAUGUAUCCUCGCGAUGUUUUUCAGUUUUCCAUGAGCGAAAAUACACAAGCAUGUAUCGCGAGUCAGGUUCAACGAGACAGUUCGAAUGUAAAAGUGGCAUUGAAGCAUAGAAAUCAUGCUCUUGUGAAGCAUUACUUGAACAAUGUGAAGACAUUGAAUGAUCUGCUGGAGCAAAGUUCCAUACGAGAUGCUUACGCAGAACUCGUACGUUUUGUUAGCAACACCAUCAAUGAACAUUGUUCAGAAGUGAUGAAGAAAUUCAAUCGCGCAUUGGCUAGUCAAGAUGGAUUGAGAGACGAAGACAUUCGAGAAUACAAGAGUUGUGUUGAAUACAUUGAACAGAUUCAAGUUCUGAGAGAAAACGUCGGAUCUGACCUGCUGCUACCAGAUACUUUGAUGGUAAAUAUUCGUUCUGAACUCGAUAAGCGAGCCCAAUCAUUACAUGAUGAAGAGUUGCAUAGUGUAUCCAUGAGAAUCUAUUUAGAGAAUCUUGGUUUACUCAAGAAUAGUUUCGACGAGUUUGGAGCGUUGCAUCAAAGAUGUUGUCGAGACUUUGAAAAUCGACUCGAAAAGCUUGCUCAAUCUGUACAUGAACCUAUCGACGCGAAUGAGUUCAGCAAGGUUGCAGAGAUUAUACUUCUGAUUUCAAAAUGUUCAACAGGUCUGAAUAAUAAUUUUCAUGGAUUGGUAGAACAACAGUAUCGAAAAACUGUCAGUGCGGUCUUAGAGUAUUUGAGUAAUGUGUCGGAAAAAAUCAAUCAUAUGGUAGAUAGCAUACGUCUUAGUGAAAGUGAUGUAAAGAUGAUCAAAACUUGCAUGAAUAUACUUAGAGCAGCUAGGGACAAUGUUUCGCUGCAAGAUCGUAUCGAGACAUACAGAAAAAUGUUCCAAAAGCAAAAAAAUGAUUCGAUGGUGAAUGUGAAAGGUUUGAAUGAAAUCUGCAAUGAAUUCAUCGAAAAAGUAGUGAGUUAUUUCAAUCAGAUAAAUAAUCGAGUAGAACAAAUUUUCGAAGCCAGUGGAGACCAUGCUCUAGAAGACAUCGAAAAUUUAGUAAAUGACAUGGAUGCGAUUCGAACAAUCCCAGAAAUUGAGUCUAAAACUGCAGGAGCUUAUUAUCGCACUGCUGAAAAAAUACGUGGAUACAUGCAACAAAUUCAACGGGAUGUGGAACAAAUGAUGCAAACUAUUGAGCAACAAUCAGGAACGCCUAAUUACGGAAAAAUUGCUCGUUCAUUAUCACGCCUGAAAAGUGGGAAGUGGAUGAAUCGCGUAAGCCCGGGAGCGUAUGAUAUAUCAAUACAUCGCAUAACAGAAGAAUUAAUUCAAUAUUUUCACCAACUAGAAGAUCGUUUGAUGAAACUUGAUUUAAGCCUGAAAUACCCCGAGAAUAUCUGUGUGGCACAAGAGAUCUUCGAUCAGAUUGAAUCUUUGAGCGUAUUAGAGCGUACUAUUCCUGAGUUGAAAAAGUCUAAAGAGGCUAUGAUUAAACGUUUUCUUGAAUACGUACAGGCUACAUUCGAUCGUAUACAAGUUGCUUUGAGUUUACAAGACAUAAAUGUGUACCAAAUGAAGAAAGAACUAAAAAAUCUUGAACAGAUUAAACAAGAAUACGAGAACCAACAUCCAGCUAGUAUGUUUUUGAGGAAGCAAAACUUUUCCGAUAUCAGCCAAUUGAAUGCCAAACUUGAGGAACUCAAACAAAGCCACACGAGCGAAUGUGCAGAAGCAAAAAUUGAGCAAGGUAAAAUUGAAUCACAAUUGACCGAGUUGAGAUCGAUCAAUGACAAAUAUGAUGACUUAUGUCUCUCAACGGGAGAACAAGAUGAAUGCAAACAAAAUAAGAAAACCAAUGCACAAGCGGAUAAUUAUUUGAUAUCAACUAAGUAUUCCAACAUUGACAAUGUACGUGAAGCCAUUAUUAGAAACGAAACAUUUCGGGUUGAUCUCUUGCAAACACUUAAGGAACAGCGCACAAAAUAUGAAAAGUCUUUGAGUUGGCUUGAAUCCGUCAAAAAUGAGUAUGAGCAGCUGCUGAAUGCACCUGGUCCUACCUCUUCUGAAGCAAUGAAGCUUGUUCGAGAGAGAAGCCAAAUAAGUUUCGAAUCUCUCGAAGAAAAUAUUGCGGAAAAGAAAAAAAUGAUUGAUGAUCGUGAGAAAAGCAAACUAUCGCAUGAUUUUAGUAAGAAGCCUGAUGCAUCCACAGCAGAUACUGCUAUUGCAUACAUCAAUAAUUGCGAGAAAAUAAGUGAUGUUAGUGUAAGAAAAAGUGCAGCCGAUACUGGUACAAUCUUGAAAAAGUUUAUCAGCGAAUAUGGUAAUCAUCUUAAUGAACGAAUUCGGAAGGCUUGGGCAGAUAUGAACAGCAUUACAAAGCGAGAAGAAGUUUUGCAGGUUUCUCAAGAUUUAGAAUUGUGUCUAGAAGAAUUAUCUGGAUUAAGUAAAUUUACGAAUGUUUUUGUAUGUAUCGGAGGAGAUGAGAAAGUUGGAUAUUGGCAUCGAAAGCUUCAAGAGGAAUAUCGUGACAUGAGUAGGGAAAUGGAAAACUGUAAAGAGUCCGGUAAUAAUGAAGAAUUACGACGGCGACUGAUAAGAGCGCAACUCUUGAUUGCUUCAGAUCAUUUCUGUGCUAGUACGCGUGCCAAUCAUGCAUUUGGAGAUUUGUACAGAAAAUAUCAGGUAGAGAUAACCAAAGAUUCCAAAGAAACUUAUAGAAAUGUCCUCAGUUACUUACUACAAGCAGACUAUGAAAAUGCCGAACUGGAGUUGUGGAAAAUCGAUGAAAAAACAUGCAGUGCGCAAGAUCAAAAUCAGAUGAAAGAGGUAUUACAAACGGCGAUCAAGAAAUUAUUACAUAGCACUCGGUUGAUGAUCAAUAACAUUGAUUUCAAAGGUGGUCGAAAAGAGAAUAAUGACAUUCAAGAACAAAAGCUAAUCGAAAAUAUGGAAAAAAUUCAUACGUGUGCGACAAAAGGAAAACUUAUAGGAAUGCUUGACAAAACACACAAAGAGAGUCUGGAACAGUUUGAAAAACAAAUGACCGACAAGUUAGAUGACGUGAUCAAGAAAGGCAUUGAAUUCAUUGAAAGCUGUAUAGGUAAUGAUGACUAUUUGGAGGCAGAACAAUGUAUGGAACAGCUUAUUCGAGUACAGCGUGAACUGAUAAGUCAUUUUACAAUGGGCGAAGGCACAAGUAUUGAUGACGUGAAAAUGAAAGUAAGGACUUUAGAUACUAGUAUUUUACAAAGACAUGACUUGAAAGCUAUAAACAACUAUCACAUUAAGUCACCUAGAGCCCUUUUGGAUAAAUUGCUCAAGGCUAAUCAAGAAGGUUAUGCCAAGUAUAGAGCAGCUCACGACUCAAUAUUGUCAGAAAUUGAACAUAACUUUGAGAUGGCACUAACUGCAGCACGUACUGCGUCAUUCGAAGAGCGACUGAAAGCAUUGAGUCCAUUAACUUGUGCGUGUCGGUUUUUACCCAAGUCUUUAGAGUCUAAAUUCAAACCAGAAAUUACGAAGCUUCACGAGAUAAUUGUGGAAGAAGAGAAAGCAUAUAAGCGUGAUUUAAAGAACUUUAUCGAAAACGGAGUAGAGGACGAACAAACCAUAAAAAAAGUAGGCCAACUUAUCGAACAAUAUUCACUGGAAAAACGCGAAGCGCCUCUGGAGAUGUUAACCGAAGGAAUGAAACAAAAGUUAAGCAAGCAUGAGAUCACGAUGCAAACAUCACUCGCUGAUCAUCAGAUAAAAGCCGCUGCCAAGAGCUUUAAGUAUAUCAUUUUGUACAAAAAUAGUGUCCAUGAUGUAUCAGAAGUGAAUCAAAUUUAUACACAUGCAUGCAGUUCGAUGUGUUCUAGCUUCACAACUUACAUGGAUACUUUAACCUGCAUAUUCAAUUUUGAACAGAGUCAAAAAGUCAGCGAAGCUUUUGAUAAUAUACUUCUUUAUCUUGAAGUAUGUCAGGACACUGGACUUCAAGAACUACUUCCUCAGACGCUAUCAGAAAAGAGUAGGGGUGAUUUGAAAAGUCUACAUGAUUCUUGGCAUCGAAAUUCGGAAGCAUACAAUACGGCGAUCGAACAGAUGGCUUUUAACUCGUUGCAUGAAGUUAUGAUGAAAUCAAAGCCAUGGGAUGAACUCCUUCAGAAAGUUAAAAGUUGUCCUUGCCAGCAUAUUUUAUUGAAAGAGUUUCUAGAGAAAAUGCAAAAAAUUCUUUGUUAUGAUGAAAUGAAAUCUAUCCUACAGGGGAAGAUCGCAGAUUUGAAAAAGAAUUUUAGUGUAGAAUUGAUUAGUGAUGAAACUACACGAUUUGAAAAAGUACGCAAUCAGUUCUUUCAGAACCUUCGAAUAUCCAUUGAUAUCUUCAAUGAGAUUAAUCUAAAGUUUCAAAAUCUUCUGACAUCUUUGCCCGAUGUUAAACACUUAGAAGGAGAUCUCAAAAAGAAAGUGAUACAAAUCAGUGACCAACUUAUUGAAGUAGCAUCUAAGAAACCAUUGUCAAUGAUAGACACGGACGAUUUUCGCAAAUUUUAUGACCAUCUCGUUUCAUUUGAUAAAUAUGCACGUUUUCCGGAUGUUGAUGUUCGCACUGUUUUAGUCUCAGCUGAAAAACUAAUUUUCGACGAAGUCACAUUAUUAUCGAAAGAACUUGCGACUUUAAAAACAGACAUCGAACAGAUUGCUGGAGUAUUGAUGAAAAUGAAGUUCUUAGCUGAAAAUUUAUCGAUGUUCGAUACUAAAAUCAACGCAAAAAUAAACGAAGCACUAGAUUUGAUUAAGACACAGCAGGGAACAACAGGUGUAGAGCAGCUAACUAUGAUAUUAGAGGGCACAGAUUUAGGAAGUCGAUUGAUAGCAGAGCAUCCCGCUUUAAGUGGAGAGGACUGGCGGAAAAGACGUGAAAAAAUGCAAAAACAGGAUGACUUAAAAUAUGUAUUGGAUGAACUGCGAGGAGACGAUAUUGUUAAAGAUGUUUUGGAAAGUCGAUACAAAAGUUUCAGAAAACUAUACGACAACUUGGUUGCUAACACUCUGGCAACAUUCAAUCAGAAAACGGAGACUGAGCCAAAUAUUGAUGUAUUGAUCUCUCAAACGAAGUUUCUGCUUGGAAAAAUAGUUCACACCCCAACAUCUGUAAACUGGGAUCAAUCAGUUCGAGAUCAGAUUCCUGAUUUACUAGCACACAUUUUUGCGAUAUGGACUGCAAAAAAUACUCAGCAUUAUAACACAGCUCGUGGCAUAGAUGCUGGCAAAGCCUAUCUAUUGAUGCCACAUGUUGCACAAGUACUCGCUAUUUUUAGAAUUCUUGGCAUCGGUCACAAAAAAAAUGUGACAGUCGCUGGAUACAAUGUACCAGGCAUAAAACGACUAUCUAGUUCGUUGAUGAACAAUUUGGUACAAGUAGGGACAGGCGAGGGCAAAUCAGUGAUUAUGGCAGUGACUGCUUGUGUGUUCGCACUCAUCGGAGUAGAUGUCAGUUGUUCAUGCUACAGCGAAUAUUUGAGUACACGAGACAAGAAUGAUUUCGCGUCUGUAUUUCGAGCACUUGGAAUCGAUGAGAGAAUCGAGUAUGGCACCUUCAACAAGCUGUGUGAAAAUUUGUUGAAUGAGCAAUGUAAUGUGCGAGAAAAGGUGCGUGAUAUGAUCUUGAAGAAUAAGAAUGCUGUCGAUAUUGUUCAACAAACUGAACGCAUUCGUCCCAAAGUCUUAUUGAUCGAUGAAGUAGAUGUGUUUCUCAGUGAAAAAUAUUAUGGUGGACUGUACACGCCUGCAGUGUACUUGAGAGAUCCAACGAUCAAAGCUUUUUUGGAUAGUCUAUGGAUGAAUAAAAAUGUGCGCACUUUGAACGGUAUUAAAGCCAUGCCAACUUAUAAGCAGUGUGCUGCACAAUUCAGUAAUUGGAUGUUUCUCUUCGAUGAAGCCAUCAAAGAUAUGCUGGCUGCUCUACGAUCGUUUCAAGCGUCGACCUAUAUUGUGCAAAAUGAUAGAAUUGUGUAUGUUGAAGGUGAAUCUAUUGUCGACAAUGUUGUUCGAGGUUACGAUACCAUCUGGGCAUACUAUCAUGAGAACCAGAAAGGUAAUAUCAGUAAUGCAAGUCUAGAAACGAAUGUAGGCAUUAUCAUCAACUGUGGCACGUUCUCUUAUGCUGAAAUGCCACAUGCCUUUUCUUAUAUCACAGGUGUAACGGGUACAUUGGAAACUCUAGCGAAGCCAGAAAAAGAGAUACUUUGUGAUGUGUAUUACGUGCAGAAAAACACCUAUAUGCCAUCAGUAUUUGGACAGAGCAAUCGAAAUUAUAAUCCUGAGAAUGAUGUCGCAGUUGUUAACAAGUCAGAAUAUUUCACACGAAUUCGAGGACAAAUUGAUGUCAUGUGUAGAGCUAAGCGUGCGAUUCUGGUGUUUUUCGAAUCCGAGGAAAAACUGAUGCUUUUUUACAAUUCUCCAGAGAUGUCGACAAUCAAGCAGAGUGUACAAAUUCUCACCGAGAAAGUUUCUGUCAAAGAUAGAGAACUCUGCAUUAAGCGAGCAGCCAGCGAUGGCAAAGUGUCGUUAUUGACGCGAAUAUUCGGAAGAGGCACUGAUUUCGUGUGUCGAAAUCAAACACUUCUCGCUAAUGGUGGUAUUCAUGUGCUGCAAACAUUCUUCUCAGAAGAGUUAUCUGAAGAGGUUCAGAUCAUGGGAAGAGGAGCUAGACAGGGUGAUCAAGGUUCAUACAGAAUGCUUUUACUUGAUAGCGAUCUCGAAUGGCUUCUCGGAGCUAGCUGGGAAGAGGCCAUUUCGAAACUGAAAGGCUCCACUCUGUACUCGAGUUUGGAUAGUGCUCGUAAUAAGAUCUAUGCAAGCAAGUGUGAAGGAAAAAAAAUUGGCAUCGAUCAGUGUAAGAAGUCACAUGAUGCAUCGAAAGAUUUCAUGCAAGCACUAAUCAAAGGGGACAUGCGGAUCGUCAGAAACUUUUUGAUGGAACAAAAUCGAGGAGCUUUCCUAGGAAGUGAUUCCUCACGAACACUUCUACUUAUGGAUGCAACAGGUUCUAUGUCAGGCUUAUUGUCCGCUGCCAAAGACACCGUUUGCACUAUGUUUGAACGUGCAUUAAUUGUUUUAAAAGAGAAAGGACUUUCGCAAGAUUCAUUCAUAAUGCAAUUUGCUAUGUAUCGAAACUAUAAUUCAAGAGAAAACAAGAUCUUGGAAGUUUCUUCUUGGGAGACAAAAGCAAGUAAUUUGAGAACAUUUAUGAACACAAUUAGACCCGAAGGUGGAUGGGGAGACGAAGCAGUCGAAAUAGGAUUAUGGCACGCUGUUCAAGAAAGUCAGACACAAGAGUCGAUAGCUCAAGUGAUAAUAAUAGCAGAUGCUCCGGCUAACACAGAAGAAAACGUUAAAGUAAAACGAGCCGAUUUCGGUGAGUCGUAUUGGAACAAUACUAGAUUUUCUGUCCCAACAUACUAUAAAGACGAGUUACAGAAAUUGAAAAACAAAAACAUUCCUGUUCAUGCAUUCUAUCUGGAUAGCUAUGCCAAAGAAAAUUUUGAAGACAUUGCGAAGGCAACGAAAGGAAGUUGUAAAUCGUUGGAUAUUCAUUCUUCGCAUGGUGCCGAAUUACUAACUAACUUUGUUACAGAGGAGGUUUUAAGAAAAGCAGGAGGAGAAUCAGCAGUAGAACUAUAUAAACAGAAAUUUGUGAAGACGGCUUAUACAUCAUGA